AUGGCGGGCUUAGGACCUGGGGGGGACCCCGAGGGGGUUCCCCGACCCCUCUUUUGCCGUAAAGGGGCCCUCAGGCAGAAGGUCAUCCAUGAGGUCAAGAGCCACAAGUUCACAGCGCGAUUCUUCAAACAGCCGACCUUCUGUAGUCACUGCACUGACUUUAUCUGGGGGAUUGGCAAGCAGGGCCUACAGUGUCAAGUCUGCAGCUUUGUAGUUCACAGGCGAUGCCACGAGUUUGUGACCUUUGAGUGCCCAGGAGCUGGGAAGGGACCCCAGACGGAUGACCCCCGCAAUAAGCACAAGUUCAAGCUCCACAGCUACAGCAGCCCGACUUUCUGUGACCACUGCGGCUCCUUGCUGUAUGGCCUGGUCCACCAGGGCAUGAAAUGUUCCUGCUGCGAGAUGAAUGUGCACCGGCGCUGUGUCCGGAGUGUUCCCUCGCUCUGUGGCGUGGACCACACGGAGCGGCGAGGCCGGCUUCAGCUAGAGAUCCAGGCCCCCGACGGGGAUGAGCUGCAUGUCACCGUGGGUGAGGCCCGAAACCUCAUCCCCAUGGAUCCCAACGGCCUCUCUGAUCCGUACGUCAAGCUCAAGUUGAUCCCCGACCCCCGGAACCUAAGCAAGCAGAAGACGCGGACGGUCAAGGCCACCCUCAACCCCGUCUGGAACGAGACCUUCAUCUUUGCCCUGAAGCCGGGGGACCUAGAGAGGCGGCUGUCCGUCGAAGUCUGGGAUUGGGAUCGGACAUCCCGCAAUGAUUUCAUGGGCGCCAUGUCCUUCGGGGUUUCAGAGCUGCUCAAGGCACCUGUGGACGGCUGGUACAAGUUACUGAACCAGGAGGAGGGAGAGUAUUACAAUGUCCCGGUCGCAGAUGCUGACAACUGUGGCCUGCUGCAGAAAUUUGAGGCUUGUAACUACCCCUUGGAGCUGUAUGAGAGGGUCCGAAUGGGUCCCACCCCCUCCCCGUCCCCAAGCCCCACGGACUCCAAGCGCUGUUUCUUCGGCCCGGGCCCCGGCCGCCUGCACAUCUCGGACUUCAGCUUCCUCAUGGUUCUGGGCAAAGGCAGUUUCGGCAAGGUGAUGCUGGCGGAACGCCGUGGCUCGGACGAGCUGUACGCCAUCAAGAUCCUGAAGAAGGAUGUGAUCGUGCAGGACGACGACGUGGACUGCACCCUCGUAGAGAAACGCGUGCUGGCGCUGGGUGGCCGCGGUCCCGGGGGGAGACCUCACUUCCUCACCCAGCUGCAUUCCACCUUCCAGACCCCGGACCGCCUAUAUUUCGUGAUGGAAUACGUGAAUGGCGGGGACCUCAUGUACCACAUCCAGCAGGUCGGCAAAUUCAAGGAACCUCAUGCUGCGUUCUACGCAGCUGAGAUCGCCAUUGGGCUGUUCUUCCUGCACAACCAGGGCAUCAUCUACAGGGACCUCAAGCUAGAUAACGUGAUGCUGGAUGCCGAUGGCCACAUCAAGAUCACGGAUUUCGGGAUGUGCAAGGAGAACGUCUUCCCCGGGACCACCACCCGCACCUUCUGUGGCACCCCGGACUACAUUGCCCCGGAGAUUAUUGCGUAUCAGCCGUAUGGCAAGUCUGUGGACUGGUGGUCAUUUGGAGUCCUGCUGUAUGAGAUGUUGGCUGGACAGCCCCCAUUUGAUGGGGAGGAUGAGGAAGAGCUUUUCCAGGCCAUUGUGGAGCAGACGGUCUCCUACCCCAAAGCCCUGAGUCGGGAAGCCGUGGCUGUCUGCAAGGGGUUCCUGACCAAGCAUCCAGUGAAGCGGCUGGGCUCGGGUCCAGAAGGUGAGGCCACGAUCCGCAGUCAUGGCUUCUUCCGCUGGAUUGACUGGGAGCGGCUGGAGCGACUGGAGGUGGUUCCACCCUUCCGCCCUCGCCCGUGCGGUCGGAGUGGCGAGAAUUUUGACAAGUUCUUCACUCGGGCAGCACCGGCACUGACGCCGCCGGACCGACUCGUCCUAGCCAGCAUCGAUCAGUCUGACUUCCAGGGUUUCACCUACGUCAAUCCCGACUUCUUGCAUCCUGAACAUCUCCACCCCAGCAGCCCCCUACCUGCCAUUUGACCCCCACCCUCCGUGGUCCUGAGACCCCCUCCUCCUCAUACUGGCUUCUUCCAGUUCUAGAUUGUCCCUCCUGGUUCCAUAUCUCUCCUGGUACUAGUUGUCCCUGUCAGUUCUCCGUAUCUCCUGGUUCCGCUCCCUCUGCCAGUCUUAGGUACCCAACAGAUCCUAUAUAUCUCCUAGUUCUAGGUGCCCCUGGCCAUUCUCGGCUUCCUUCCCUGUCUUAGGUAUCCUUGACAGCUCCAAGCACCCCUCCCUCACCCCCCAAUUGUGAUUCCUGCCAGCUUUGUUCUCCUCAUUGAUAUUAGGUCCCCUUAUGACUUCGGGGUUCCGCCCCCAACCCGUUCCAAGGGUACCCACUUAUCAGCUGAUGGUUCUUCUACUGGGAGCGGGUUCUUUCUCCCAGUUUUAAGUUGGCCUUAGCAAUUCUAGGAGCUCUUCCGGGUUGGGUUCCCAUCCCCUGACGUUCCAACCCCUCCCCGGGGCCCUUUUGGGAUUCAGGUCUCUCCUUUGGGUCAGGGAUCUUCCCCUUCUGUGGCCCCUCUGGGCUUCCAUUUGCCUCAGGAGCUUAGAUCUUCCUCUCCCCCAGACGCCCGACUGGCCCACUGUAGCGGUCUGCGUUCUAGAAACUCCCCCCUUCCUGCUCUAGAUCCCAACCCAGAACCAAGCGCUUAAGUUGUGCUUCGGGUUCUAUAUUCUUCUGCAUGUUCUAGAGCUGUUGGGUUUCACACAGCCUCAGACUCUAGGCCGGCAUCACUCUCCCCAGUUUGCCUGGAUUUGCCCCCGUUACCCCGAGAGAGCCCAGGGAGAUGCUCAGGGAGUCCCUUCCUCCGGGCUAAGUGGCCAUGGCCUCUGGGACCAGAAGCAGCCCACCAGGGAUUGGGGGGGGGGGGGGGAACAUCCACCCUUCUCCCUCAGGAGGGCCGGGACACUGUGGCUUAUCUCACGGCAACAGCAGAGACCCUGGCUUCACUGCCCCCCAGCUUCCCAUGUGCAUGGCUCCAGUCAGGUCAGGAACAUGUGUCAUAUCACACCGGAGACAUGCUCCCUCCUGACUUCACGUGGCUUUGGCCCCCUUCCCCCGUGCACAGCUGGAAAUAAAAUUGGGAUUUUGAUGCUGGAAA